AUGGCGGGGCGCGGCACUCCCGCUGCGUCUCCGGCCGCCGGGCACGCCAGCCACGACGGGCCGGCACCGCUGCUGGCCGACAAGGCGGCCAAGAGCGUCGUCGAGGACCCCGGCCACCGCGUGCACCUGGCGCACGCCUUCGGGCUGCUCCCCGCGGCGCCCCGCGACGCGGUGGUCUCGCUCUGGGAUGGCACCUUCGCCCCAGGGGGGCUGGAGGGUCGCCAGAUCACUGCGAUGGCGAAGUCUGCCAACAGCAAGUUGCUCGCGCUGGCCGAGCGGACGGGCGGCGAGGAGGGCACGGUGCGCAUCUGCAUCCUGGAGCUGCCGAAGGCCGAGAGGCUGAUGAGCAUGCAUCUGGGUAGGCAGGAAGCGCCCCGCGUCCUCAAGGUGCUCCAGCCCGCGAAUCGCCGGCUGAACAUCGUGGGCCUCGCAUUCCCUGUGGACAACAAGGUGCUGCUCUCCGUCUCGGCGGCAGCCCCGGAGACGACGGUGACGUUGUGGCGCUGGGAGGUCGACAAGGCUCAGGUGGUCCUGGCCCAAGGUGUCUUCAGCUUUUCGCACCAUUUUGGAGCCCCUGCGGCCCUCUUGGCCCCGUGGAGGGUGCUCCGACGGCCUCCUGGAGCUCCUCGGGAAUUCUGGGGACACCUCUGGCCAGGGGCACGUCUGGCAACACCCGAGGUCAGCAUCUCCCACGACAUCGAGCACCCAAUCACCCGCCUCCAGGUGCACCCCCGGAUCGCCAGCCUGUUCUCCGUGAGCGGGCCCGGGGUCAUGAGGAUCUGGCAGUUCAAGGCCUACGUCUUCGACGACGGGGAGCUGAAGCAGACGGUGGACGCGAAGCUCGCGAUCUCCAGCGGCAGCAAGGUCCGGCGCAGGCAGAGCGCCUUGGGGCCGCAGAAGUUGCUCUCGAGCGGCCUUGGGAUGGCGGACAGGCCGGAGCCCGAUGUCGACGACCUGAAGCUCACCGCCCUCGCCCCGUGGUCCCUGGGUUUCGUGGUGGGCUGGAACCACGGCUACCUCACGGUGUUCAAGGUCGAGGCGAACUCGUUCGUGGAGCCGUUCGGCGUGUUCCGGACGCCCGAGGAGGGCACCAUCUGGUCCAUGGCGGCGGGCCCGGAGGACCCGCAGAACCUGGUGGUGCUCUCGUGCGUGGCGGACCGCGGAGACGACGUGGCCGCUAGCGCCGCCCCGUUGCUGUCGCGCUCGAAGGGCACCGUCUUCGGGAAGGCGCACUUCAAGCCCCAGGGGCCAGGCCAGAGCACCCAGGAGUCCUGGUCCUUGUGUACAUUCCCAGUGGGGCAAGCGGACGUGGUCUCCUCGGGGCAGCUGGAGGCGUUCACGCCCGUGAACAUCUCGAUGGUCUGGAACUACCCGUCGGAGGACAUGCGGGGCCAGCCGAACGCCUUUACCGCCGAGAUCGACCUGGUGCUGGACGAGGCGCCCGUCGGGCUUGCGGUGCACCCCCAGGGCUUCCAGAUCGCCGUGGCUCUGCAGGACGUGGUCCGGAUCUACCACCUGACCACCCAGACGGUCACGAGGUACCUCAUGGAGCUGCCGCUGAAGCACCCAGGGCCCGUCGCCUAUUCCACCAGGAGAUCUUUCGGCGCGUUGCUGGCCGUGUCGUCGGAGAUGGAGGUCGUGCUGCUGGAUCCGAUGCGGGCGGUGGUGAUCCACAUGUUCAGCGGCCGGGGCGGGCACCUGAGCCCGGUGACGCAGGUGCUGUUCUCCAAGGACGACCGCUUGCUCCUGUCCUGCAGUGGCUCGCCCCACGGGGCCAUCUAUGGCUGGGACCUGGAGACGCCAGGGAAGGACCGCCGAUUCGAGCACGUCUCGAAGGGCACCUUCUUCUCCUCGGUGGUGCACGACUUCCGGAGGGAGCUCGUGGUUGCGCUCACGCGCCCCGACGGGUUUCUCCGAGUGGUCGGCCACACGAGCGACGACUACCUCGACAUCAGGCCCGAGGGCCCGUCGAUGCACUACACCUGCCUGUGCCUCGCAGACGCCGCGGGCAUGCUUUUCGCGGGCAUGCAGACGGGCUCUGUCGCGGUGUUCAGCUGGCCCCUGGCCGAGGGGGCCCAAAACCCGAGGCCGUUCACGGAGGUGGCCCUGCACGCCAAGCCCGUCGCGGCGCUGACGACCACCGACAGCGGCCAGCUGCUCUUCAGCGCCUGCGAGGGCGGCACGGUCAUGGCCUCCGAGGUGGAGAUCGUCAGCGCGGAGGGGGGCCCCGAGGGACGCGGGGGCGCGCUGACCGCCGCUAUGCUCGAGAAGCGCUUCGCGGAGUACCGCUACCGCGCGGACGAGCGCGGCUCGGCCCAGAACAGGGACAAUGAGAGGAGGCGGCUGGACCUGCAGAAGAGGUUGUGGGAGAGGGGCGUCGUGAACAACUACGCGCCCAUGAGCGAGAUGGUGAUGGUGCCGAAGGCAUACCUGAAGGAACUGCUGGGCGACGUCACCGAGCUCGAGGAGAGGUUGCGGCGCACGGAGCACGACACGGAGGUCCUCGUGGAGCAGCACGAGCUGGAACUGAGGGACAAGCUGGCGGAGAAGCGCGACGAGAUGAAGGCGGAGGCCGAGAUGGCCAGUCUGAGGUACGAGACCCUGCAGGUCCAGUUCAGGCAGAGCCAGGAAGCGAGCCAGGCGCAGCUGCUGCUGGCCCAGGAGCAGUUCGAGCAGCGGCUCCAGGACCUCCAGUCCCAGUUCGAGGCGAAGCUCUCCAAGGAGUACGACAAGGAAGGCCUCCUCCUGGAGGGCCUGGACCGGGAGAGAGCGCAGAGGGCGGAGGAGGUGCGGCGCCUGGAGGAGCACCACGCGAAGGAGAUGCAGGCCCUGCAGGGCAAGGCCGACAAGCAGCAUGCCGGCAGCCGUGCCGAGUACGACCGCAUCGGCAACCUCCUGCUCUCGGACAGCCUGCGCUUCGAGGAGGCCCUGCGGCAGCAGGACUCGGAGUACUCCGGCCAGUUGGAGGAGCUGCAGGUCAAGUACAACGCGCUGCUCAAGAGGGAGAAGGAGAAGGACGAGGCGGCCGCCAAGGAGAACAUCCGGAUAGGGGAGCGCUACAAGUUCAUGCAGCAACAGCUCAAGGAGCUCGAGGCGGAGAAGAUCGAGGUGGCGCGCGAGAGGGACGAGGCCGAAAAGGUCGCACGCGAGAGGACCGACAUUCUUAUGCAGGUGAAGGAGCAGCUGCGGGAGCGCGAGCGCGGGCUAAAGGUAAAGGAUGAGACUCUGGCCAGACUGCGAGAGCAGACGAAACACUUGGAGAGCUUCAGGUUCGUGCUCUUCCACAAGGUGCGGUCUCUGGAGGAGGAGCGUGACCCCCUCGAAGAACAGGUCGAUAACCUGAAGAGCAACGUGCGCGAGAUGUACACCGAGUUCGUCAGGGAGUUCAAGAGGCAGCAGAAGAUACAGCGCGAGCUGGACGAGAAGGGAAACCUCUACAACGGCCUGCAGAAAGAGGUGGCGGACGUGCGCGCGAAGCUGCAAAACCUCGCGAAGGCGACCCACCGUCUCUUCCAGGAUCUGGACGUGGUGCUCCACCCUGACACGCAGGGAAAGUUCGACAGGAUGCCUCAGCGCCUGGCGGACGUGCUGGAGAGGCACAAGAAGGUCCGCCAGCUACUGAUCCCGAGCUACGGCGAGGACCUGGGGCUGGACGAGCGCCCAGAGGAGGAGCCCGAACCCGAGGGCCUGGUCAUGGAGCUGACCACCCACCGGGAUCUCCUGUUCCGCAAGAACCAGUACGCUGUCUUUGCCGCGACCCACGCCAGGAUGGUGAGGGGUUAA